GUCGCCUUCGUCCCCGGAAGAUCUCUGCGUCCUCGAGCCAGCCAUUGUUUGCCACUUGUCCGGGCACCAAAUAAAGUUUUUCGUUCAAAAGCACUUUUUUUUUUUUUUUAAGCUGCAGCACGCGCUUUCUCAGCUCCUCCUUCGCUCUUCCUGCCCUCGGCGAAACCCGAGCGUUGGGGCCGGUAACGCCCGACGGGAUGGCUGAUGCUCCGGCGUCUCUCUCGGGACAGGACGUGGGGUUCGUCUCGCUUUUCUCCUGCCCACUUUUGCGGCGAGCCAGGCCUAGCCGGGAACGUGUGGGUAACGAGCGGAGGAUCAUUUGCAUAUCUUACAAUUAAAGACAGAAUACCACUGAUUUUAACUAAGGCUAUUGAUACAUUGCAUCGACACAAAAGUGAGUUUUUUGAGAAACAUGGAGAGGAAGGCAUAGAAGCUGAAAAGAAAGCUAUUUCUCUUCUUUCUAAGUUACGAAAUGAAUUGCAAACAGAUAAACCAAUCAUCCCUUUGGUUGAGAACUAUGUUGAUACGGACAUAUGGAAUCAGUACCUAGAAUAUCAACAGAGUCUUUUAAGGGAAAGUGAUAGGACACCAAGUUGGUUCUACUCACCGUGGUUGUAUGUAGAAUGCUACAUGUAUCGUAGAAUUCAUGAAGCAAUUAUCCAGAGUCCACCAAUCAAUGACUUUGAUGUAUUCAAAGAAUCCAAAGACCAAAAUUUCUUUGAGUCACAGGAACCUGGCAUUACUUUAUGUACUCACUUGCAAAAGUUCAGGAGUACUAUUGAAGACCUAGAUGCAAAUCAGCUGAAAACUGAGUUUUUUCAUCUUCUGCAGAUUUCACUCUGGGGAAAUAAGUGCGAUUUAUCUCUAUCAGGUGGAGAAARUAGUUCUCAGAAGACUAACCUAAUAAAUUCUUUGGAAGAUCUAGAACCUUUUAUUUUAGUGAAUGAUAUGGAACAUCUUUGGUCAUUGCUUAGUAAAUGCAAGGAAACAAGAGAARAAGUGCCCAUAGUUAGAGUGGAUAUUGUUCUGGAUAAUUCUGGGUUUGAACUUCUUACAGAUUUAGUAUUAGCUGACUUUUUGUUAUCCACUAACCUGGCUUCUGAGAUUCAUUUUUAUGGAAAAUGUAUUCCAUGGUUUGUUUCUGAUACUACUAUACGUGACUUUAAUUGGCUUAUUGAACAAGUAAAACAUUAUGAUCAUAAGUGGGUAUCCAAGUGUGGGGUUGACUGGGAAAACUAUAUUAAAAUGGGUAGAUGGGUUUACCAUGAUCAUAUGUUUUGGACUUUGCCUCACGAAUAUUCGGCUAUGUCCCAGGUUGCCCCUGAUUUGUAUGCUGAACUACAAAAGGCAUGUUUAAUUUUAUUCAAGGGUGAUUUGAAUUAUAGGAAGUUGACAGGUGAUAGAAAAUGGGCGUUUACUGUUCCCUUCCAUCAGGCUCUGAGUGGCUUCCAUCCUGCCCCUCUCUGCAGCCUGAGAACAUUAAAAGCUGAAAUUCAGGUUGGUCUGCAGCCUGGGCAAGGUGAACAGCUCGCAGCUUCKGAUCCCAACUGGCUGAUCACUGGGAAGUACGGAGUGAUUCAGUUUGAUGGUCCACUCUGACMCAGCCUAGAACUCCCAGGCAAGUAGGAGGAUCUGAGAAGCACCUUUUCAUCUCCAGAAAAGCAGUGUGUGAAUCUAGUCCCUUGGCUGCUCUGCAUCUGCUCUGGGAUGCUUGCUCGGCCUUCUUGUCACCUUACUCUCCGGAUGAAUUUUCCUUGGAACCUUGCACCGCACUACAGUAUUUUGGGAAUAUAUGUUUUUACAUARAUUACACUUAUAUUUACAAACAUAUACACUUUUGUUGGAAUUUCAGUAACUAUUUCAAGUUUUUUUUUAAUUGGGUAGAAAGCAAGGUAUAAGUGAAUUCUGCCUUUUAAGUUAAAUAUUUUUUCUUAAAACGGUAUGCUGCAUGGUGUUUAAUAACCUAGGCAACAUGGAAUUUUAUUUAAUUUUGGGCUCUUGAAGUAAUGGCUUUGUGAAAAUAUUCAUUUGAA